GUUCACUACCUGCUGUAGACUCAAAAUUUACCAAAUUUCAACUUAAUUUUGAUCUUAGAAGACCAAUAAUUAUGGCGAUUUCGGAUACUGUAGUGGGGAAUUUAACGACGUUGUACCUGUUAGUGAUAGCGGCAAUGAAGGCGUACGGAUUGAUGACUGGACGGAGCUACGGCGGAGUUUUUGUGCUGAUUGUAUCAACAGCUGUUGUAGGAAGUGUAUUGAUUUUGAGUUUGACGUGGGAUGUGUCACGUAAGGUUACUAGGUGUGCUUUGACACGCGAUCGUCAUCUUACUCAGAAUCGGAACCAGCCACGUCAUCAUUCCGAUGAGUUGUGUGGAGGUGGUAUAUGUUGGCACGGCGUUGCUGUUAGAUCUCCGGCGUCGCAGUUUCGGUUCCGGCUUCCUCAGCACCACCCUCGCUAGCGGUUAAGAAAAGUGAAAAUCGAGUGUCGAUUUUAAUUCACUGUAAGUAUGUAAA